AUGAAGUCCUUACUAUUUCAAAGAGGUAGAAUAGGAUUUGACGAAAUCACCCUAACUGAGAUAGUUUCUUUCAGAGACAACUGGCAGUUAUCUCACAUUAUUAAAGAAGAUGGUCUGCCCAUAACUGGACGAUACUAUUGCAAAAGAUGUCAGAUCUGGGCACUGUACUACCUGUACACGAGUACGCGUCCUCAGCACUCCCGCACAGUGUUCUUCAUCUUGCUGAGUACACUGAUCUGGACUGACCUGGCUGGCAAAGUCAUCACCACCACCCCCGCUCUCGUAGCCUACCUCCACAACACCUGGGCAGGAGGGGUGCCACUGUGUAACCUUCACGGGUUCUCCAUGAUGCUGGUGAGCCUGGUGACCCACCUGCUGGUGUCCACUAUGGCACUAGAGAGGUUCCUGGGUAUCCGUCACGGAUACUUCUACAAUAAGAACAUCACCACCUCCAGAACUAAGAUGUUACUGUUAUGCAUGUGGCUGUUCUCUGUGAUGUUCUGCGCGCUGCCGCUCUUCGGCGUUGGCCAGUACGCACUGCAGUACCCUGGUUCCUGGUGCUAUGUCAACAUCCACAUCACCAGUGACUCUCCUCUCAUUCAUCGACUCUACACCAAUGUGUUCGGUGUCUUCACCCUCAUCAGCCUCAUCGUUAUGGUUGUCUGCAACGUCGUCGUCAUAACCACUCUACUGAGUCUGCGAUUGUGUCGAGGCCGCUGUGGCAGCCACAGCCUCUGCAUACCCCGCCGCUCUAGCAGACAGAGAGAACUGGAGAUGCAGAUGGUGGUCGUCCUUGUCGUCAUCACCGUCGUCUUCGUACUCUCUUGGUCGCCCAUUGAUAUUCGGUUGUUCGCCAACCAGUUGUGGCCCCACAAGACGAGGCAAGAACACUUCCAUGACCUAGUGGCUGUUAGACUUACCUCCGUCAACCAGAUCGUCGACCCCUGGGCCUAUAUCAUUUGUAGGAAGGUGUUCAUGAUGAGAGCUUGGAGAUGGUUGCGUGUGUCGCUGCUAGGCUCGAGGCUGGUGGUCGGUCGUAGCAGUACCAACCAGGGGCCGCAAUCACCCUCUAACACCAAGCUGGUCGUUGCUCCGCUCACAGUCAGACCUUCCCUCAAGAAGAUCCAGUAUCCACUGCCCUUCACAGAUGAAAAAGACCCGGAAGACCUUGGUCGGAGACCGCCCCGAGGAGUGUCUGUAGUGAUCGAAGUAAGUGGGAGAGGUGAGGCCGUUCUUCACCUGACCUCGCCGCCUGCACUCGCCUCCAAGGACCACCUCAAGAGGGAGCUGGAUGCCAAGGAGGUGCUGAAGGUGCUACUGGACUCGGGUUCUCCCUCCAACAUCACCCCGUCCAGCCUCUGUAGCGACUCUGGCCUCGCCGCUGUCAACCACAGACCCUACCAUGGAUCUACGGUCGAGCCGGGAUCACAAGCCCUGGUGCCCAUCCCGGUCUUCACCUGUCAGCAGUACCGGGUGGAGGCGCUGGGGGAGCCACGCCCACAACUACGCCCAUUGCCACGCCCGCUGCCUCGCCUUAAGAGGAUCACUUCCUCAGCCUCAGCACGUAACGCUCCCGCCUCCCCGAGACCCAGGUCCCAGGCGCUGCCCCUGGAUGGUGUUGGUCCAGCGAGCUCCGUCUCCACUGUUGUGUUUGGUCGGCGUCACUCAUGGUGUUGUUCCAGGGACGUAGACGAUACCAAGCAAUAUCGUUCUCAGAGCACCCAAACAUUCAGGGACCAAGAGGUCCCGCCCCUUCCCGAUGCCUGCCUCAGCAAUCCAGAAACCGAGAUCCUGAAGGUCCGCGGUGAACUGGCCAUUCCUGACUUCUACUGCAGUCAUUCAAGCGCUCAGAUCCGGAAGGAGCAUGAAGUGAGUAUUCCUGAUGGGUACUGCAGCCAUCACGAGACCCAAGUUCUGAAAGACAAUGGUACCCUCGCCAUUCCUGUCUCUUGCUGCGGCCGUCACGACACCGGCACCCUAAAGGAUCACAGUGGACUGACGAUUCAUGACUCUUGCUACAGUCAAUCCAGCACUCAGAUCCUGAAGGAGAAUGGUGGAAUGAGCGUUCUUGAUACCUGCUGCAACCACCCUAGCUAUCACGCCUGCAGUCAACACCACCCCCAACACAAUGACACCCCGCAGCAAUACGAGGAACACGACCAAACACAUUGCCACCUCGACGAGGAUGACUCAGUGUUCAUCAUAGCCAAUGACUGAACCCCAUGAAGAGUCUUCUUUAAGUGUCGUUGUGGAGAGUGCUCCAUGAGAAGUGUUUCCAGUGGGUGCAAGUACAAAAUUGUUUGGUGUGUUUAGCCUGUUGAGCAGGACAACACCUCGUUCAAACGGUGUCAAGCAGAUCAUGUUAUGUUUUAGCUGAGUUCCUGUCUCCAUGAAAAAUGAUGAGUCGGCACCCUCAGAGUCGGUACCUGGAGAAUAGAAUCCGGAGGAGCCACUACCAAAGGAGCCGGUACCGAAGGAGUAGGUACUGAAGGAGUCGGUACUGAAGGAAUCGGUACUGAAGGAAUCAAUACUGAAGGAGUCAAUGAGGAAGGAGUCGCACUGAAGAUCACAUUCUUAGAUGUGAAACAAAUAGGCUAAGAAAUCUCUGUCUACGAGAAAAGUAUAUGCAAAUCUCUGUCGACGACAAACAUGUAGACGUCUUUGUCGACUACAAAGCAGUAUUUAAUAAAGUGAUUGAGUGAAUGUAUUUCUUGUAUACUGAAUGUCUUUCUACUAUCUCAUUUACCCUGUAUUUCUUCUGGUGCGACAAGCGGGUCAGACCACAGAGGUUGUACCGCUCAGUUUAUAAUAGUGUCGUUGACUGGUGUUACACAGGCGCUGUGCAGCCUUCAGGACCCUCGUGUGGUUCUAUAGAUUUUUAAACUUAAUAAAGUAGCCAAGGUAAGGUCAGUAGCGUCUCGAGGUCAAGUCAGCUACUAGCAGUUUCACUUUUUCAGCUGUCAAAACCUUGUUGUUUCUUGGUUAAACUUGUUAAACUCUUUUUAACAUUUCAUGAGUUUUGAUGGCUCUGUAUAUAUUAUGUUUUCCAUUACUAAAGUAUACACAUGUUUACGCAAUUAUGAAAAAGGUAUACAACGAAAAUCAAAUAGCAACGGACCUUUUGCCACAAGUAUUGCUGUUAACGAAAGACUUAAAGGUGGAGGAAAUAGUCACGAAUUUGUAGAAAAAUAUUUAUAUACCCAACUUCUAAACAUAUGCGCGAUAUUACUCUCAAUUACUUCUUCUUGUAAUAUAGUCCAUAUAUUAACCACCCGGUUAAAAAUCAAAAUAUAUAUAUCUUCGUUGUACUGAUGUCGUUCGUCUAUUAAUAUCGAAACGAUCAUUUCGUUCUUUGUUUGAUCGGGUAAUACUAAAGCAUUUUUUUUCUUUUUGAAGAAGAUUGCCAUACUUAUCAUUCAUUUACUUUACCUCUGAAUCUUCGCCUCGAAAAGCUGAAUACAACUUUCUAAAGGCGUUUCACAAGAUUUACGUCUUCGUCUGAGUGUUGCCUCGCUAGAUCCAGAGGCGUGUGUGUUGCUGAAGAAUACUCCGACUGGUGACGCAAGUUGCACCACAAGCUCUUAUUUUGACGUUUUUGGUCUGGUGCUUCAUCAAAUCAAGGCUCGAUUGUGCUCUACAGAGAGCGAAACGUUGUGUCAGUAAGAGAUUGCUCUGCAGUGGCUCGACACUGGACACCCUCCUGUCACCGUCCAACCUUAAAUACAACGACCAGACACUGCAAGCAAGCGGUGUUCUAGGAUCCAUCACUCUUAAAAUCACUGCAAUUUUUCCCGUUCGCGGUUCGUGUGUUUUCACUGCAUCAGUCUGCUGCCUGCUUAGUCACACUUAUUAUUACUCUUGCAUCUCCUUCAUUUGCUUUCAGUUAAGUUCAGUGACGUCCAUAACUUAAGUUAUAGUUUUGUUUGUUUUUCAUGUGCAUUACUUCGCGCUUAACAAUAUUUUAAUUCAUGUGCAGUUUACUACCCCUGUUUACUAAAUGGUUUAUAAUGACUGAUUUAAUCCAGCUAAACUUAACAAGGUUUAAACAAACCUGGUCUUGCAGGUUCCAUGAGGUUAAAUGUAUGGCAAGUUCCCUUUAGCUUACUUUAUGGCAAAUUCCUUGAAGUCACUUUGUGUCAAGUUGCCUGAUGUUAAUUUAUAGCAAAGUCAUGAUAAGUUCUCUUAGGUUACGUUAUAGAUUAACUUAAGGAAUCAUGUCUGAAUAUCAAGUAGCAAUAUCCGUGAAGCAACUUAUAUACAACGACCAUAACACCAUCUACAGACUGUAUACACUGGGCAGCACCAGACAGACUUACAUAUGGCAACACUGGGUAGCAAUUAAUGACAGCUGUGCCAAUUGCUUUUGGCAACAACUGAGUGGAAAUCCAAAAAAAUAAAUUCUGUUAUCGCCUGUCAACACUGUAUUGAUUGUCGGAAUUUGUGUGUUUGUAUCUAUCUGUUUGUUUGUAUUGUCUCAUU